CAUAAGAAAAAAUCAAUCCCAUCUCCUCAUUCUACUGUAGGCUACUUCUUCAUGCCUUAUAUAAUGUCCUCUAAUUACUCCAAACGUUAUCAACAAACACCAACAAGAGAGCAACUUCACUUCUACACUUUCCAAACAAAUAGCAAAGUUGAAGCUAAAAAUCAUGUCCAUAGCAGCUGGACUCCCUCGAAUUCAUGACAAGGGCAACCAAAAAUCAUUCCACCAGCGGCACAACUCCGGUGAACUCGACGUAUUCGAGGCUGCAGGCUAUUUUUCCGGUUCCAACGAUAUCACUGGUGCAAGUACUACACCGCAGCCUAAAAUGAUGAGACCUAGUGGAAGAAUGAGCCUUGACAUUCCAGUGAUGAGUAGCAAGAGAAGCUCAAUUCCAGCACCAACUUAUCAGCACAAGGUCUCGAAAGAUGAGAAAAAAAUGAGGCAGCCGAACUCUCCAGGUGGUAAGCUUGCUAGCUUCUUGAAUUCACUCUUUAACCAGACUUCCUCUAAGACGAAAAAGUCGAAAGUAUCAUCCUCAAAGUCCAUGAAAGAUGAUCAGGAUCAUGAGAUGGGGAGGAGGAAAAGGAGAAGUAGUAUUAGUCACUUUCGAGGUGGAAAGACGACAUCUUCGAAUUGUAACUCUUCGGAUUCGAAGGCUUCGUCUUUUUAUUCAUCAUCCUCGAAUUCCGAAAAAAGGCCUCCUGCAUGUGCAAAAAUCUCUAGUCGUUCUGAACAUAAGCCUGAAGUGAUGGUGAAUUCUUUGUCGAAGAUCAAGUCUUCUUCUUCACACAGGAAAGUUCAUACAGAUGAGAACACGGAAAAUUCUUGGUUGGAUGAAGAAAAAUUCAGAUUUCGCACUCCUAGUGAAAAUUCAUCCGAAAAAUAUUACAAUACUUCGGUUAAGGGGGUUUCGGCUGAUAAGAUAAAUCAUUCCAAGGAUUCGGCAAAUUUUAUAAAUUUUAUAAACAACGAGGACGAUGGAGCUGAGAGUGAUUCAAGUUCUGAUCUCUUCGAAUUACAAAAUUAUGAUUUAAUUUCCUGCUAUUCGAGUGAUUUACCAGUUUACGAGACUACGGAUAUCGAUUCCAUCAAGAGAGGUGCACCAAUUGUCAGUGGCGCCAAGUAGUAUAAUUAACCACACACAUAUACACAUAGCUACGUCGUUUUGUAAAAAAUUCUGUAACACUUUCUGCAGACGUAUGUUCUUGUUUUAAAGUAGUGGUUGUCAUGCAUGUUUGAAGCUGUACUUAUGCAUCCUUUUGAUCAUCUUGUUCUUCUUUUGAAGAUAUUGCGUUAGUAGUA